AGAAGCAACUAUGGAGAAUUCUCCAUGGUUGCUUCGUUGUGAUUACCAUGUGCAGGAAAUGCCUAUUGUUAAGUAUUUAGUCGGCGUAAUUUUUUAUAAAAGAUGUGCUAUUUCCAUACAAAAGAUAAAUAAUGUUAUCUAAGGGAACAAAUUCGUGAUUGACAUCUAAUUAAACUGGAGGAAACCUAGAGAACGAAAUGCAAUUCGCAACAUAACCUCAAUCAUGCAGUAAUGAAAUUACAUUCAUUAAAAGGUAGAGAAACGACUGAAAUAAAAAGGACCUAAUUUUUCGAUGGCGCUGAUUCACUGAGAAAUUGCUGUGACCGUGGCAAAAAUGGAAUUUGCAAAGAUCGAAAUCCAUCGAAAACAAUACAAAGUCAAAAUGUCUCUUCUAACACGUCGCCUGAUGCGAAGUUUCCGUCAAGUACGUUUUCUGCAAAUUGCUGCGGGCAGAGGAAGAAAACAAUUGCCUUUUUUGGAGAGAAUUUUGAACAGCGAUGUAAAUUUGGUGUCUCUUCUGGAUUCUCAAAAGGCUUUAACUCAAGAAGACUGGAAGAAGGGUCGCGAAGAACUAUUGGAGUUCGACUUCCUUAAUGGAAAAAAUAUUGAUGCUGCAGUUGCAAAUCUUUGCUUCACUUUAAAUAACACAAAUGCUUUUAUAUCAUAUAUACAUUUUUUGAAGAACAACAACUAUGAAAUUAAUUUGUACAUGGCUGGGAAAUAUGUAUUCAUCUUUAGAGCUAAAAAGUCUAUGAUUACUGAUUCGGAAAAACAGGAGAUUUGUGCAAUGUACGAUUUUGUACGGAAAAAAUAUCCUAUCUUAGAUGCAGAAUCAUGUGAGAGAUUUAUCUAUGGAUUGUGUCUCACCGAUCGGUGGGAAGAAUCAAUACAAUUAUUAGACAUGAUGAAAAUGUCUACAAAAAUCAAUCCCUCGCCCUUAACGGUCAUUAUCUCGACGGCUUUUAGUCGUGGGAAAGCAGGUAUUGGAUGGAAAUACAUGAAUUUGGCAUAUGAAGAAAACAUACUUAUACUUCCGGAAGCAUAUAGUUCAUACUUACAGUAUUGUUUAAAUACAUUCAAAUCAAAAAAGGAGCUUGAAAUAAAUAUGUUAAAAAUGUUUGAGUUCCUUAAAGAAACGGAAAAAAUACUUGGGGACCGCAUAUUAAAUGAUUAUUUACAUGCUUUUAAAGAGUUAGGAUACACUUAUACCCAAACAUCUAUCAGUCGCUUAGGACGUUGUGCGAAAUGUUCGCAUCAAUUGCCGGCUCCAGAUAUCUCAAAAGAAGAAUUUGACAAGAUGUCGAAACUUUUUAUGGAAAAGGUGGUUGUAGGGGGCAAUGUAUAUUACAAUAGCACACCCAAGGAAUUUAAACAAUUCAUGCAGUUUUUGGAAAAAGCGCAGCCAUACGAUAUCGUGAUCGAUGGACUGAAUAUUGCUUGUGCAGGUGUUUUCGAGAAAGACAGGGUACAAAAAGCCAGUCGACUUUCAAAAGCUGUGGAGUAUUUUCUGAACACAGAUAAAAAAAUUCUGUUACUGGGUCGACAGCAUAUGCUAAAAUGGAAAUACAUGGAUUACAUCAGACAUAAUACACAAAUGUUUUUAGUAGACAAUAGUUCUUCAGAUGAUCCACAUUUGCUGUACGCCACAUUGUACGGUGGUAUGAAGACGUGUUUUGUUUCCAUGGAUUUGAUGCGGCAACAUAAAUUUCAAUUGCCAAGAAAUAUGCAAGGAUUAUUUAAAAGGUGGCAGCUGUCGCAUCAAUAUAUGAUAGACACUGCAACAUUGAAUGUAAAGUCUCCUGUGAAAUUUGAAAUAAUCACACAAAAUUGUGGAAACAGCUGGCACAUACCUUAUUACUCUGGCAUGUCCACUAUCGCCAAAGAUUCUUACGAAGCAACGACAAAUUGGAUAUGUUUAAAGAAACAAAACAAGUAAAAGACAAGCUAGUUAAGACCUAAUCAUUUUAAGAAUUCAAUUUUCAGUACUUAUUUCUUCUUCUUUUUUUAACUAAAUGACUUUAAUUUGUAAAUGUUAAUAUUUCUUAGAUAACAGCAUGAAAUUGCGAAAUAACCAAUUUAUGGCCCGAUAUAUCUUAGGGAUACCUGCAGGAUACCCCCUUAAAAUGGAAAUUUCGAUUGUAUUGUAGUAAGAUCUCGUAUAUAUCCGUAUGCCCUUCUGUCAACUCGAGGCAUAGAAGAGAUAUACUAAAAUAUCUUGUUGCUACCAGGGGUUUUUCAUGUUAAUAAAUUUUGAAUAUAUUAAGCCUUGUUAAAAAACAUUCAAAAUUAGGAGCUAAAAUCUUAAAUGCAAAUAUACAUUAAAUUAAUUGUAUAGAAGAAGAAAUUUGUGUAUCUAUCAAUGAUUGUGCGUAUGUGCAGAAAUGUAGAGCCAUAUGUAUAAGAAUAAGUAUUUUGGAAUCAUUAAAAAAUUUUUUAAGGAACAUAAUUAAGAAAUUUGCUCAACAUAUCAAAAGUUGAUAUUAAAACAUGCACGUUUUCAAAUAAUGUUGAAUCGAUUUUAUUAUUGAUUUGGAUAGGUUUUGAAAAAUAAAAAAUACUGUUUAAAUCCAC